AUGGCCUCCGGAGCUCCACCAAACUACUACGCCAUCCUUGAAAUCCAGGAGUCCGCAAACACCCAGCAGAUCAGAGAUGCCUACAAGCGGGUCGCUCUCAAAACCCACCCAGACCGCGUCCCAGCCGACUCCCCUGAGCGGCCCUCACGCACGCGCAAGUUCCAGCUCGUGAACGACGCCUACUACACCCUCUCCGACCCCACACGACGAAGGGAAUACGACAGCCAGCGCAAGUUCUAUGGCGGCGGCACCUCCACCUCGGCCGGCGCUGACCCCUUCGGCGAAACUAACAAUGCCAGCGGCACCGACCCCGGCCAGUCUGCCUACAGUUGGGCAUGGAACUUCUUCACCCAGCAAGCCGGCACCCAGCAGCAGCAGCAGCAGGCGGGACAGGCGCAACAGGAGGCCGAGAAUGCACAGUUCGGUGAUGCCUUCGAGGAGAUGCUCCGCGAGCAAGGCAUGGCGGAGCCAAACGGAACUGCCAACAACCGGUUCUGGGGUUUGCUGGGGGGUGCGAGUGGUGGCGCCCUGGGCUUUAUCAUUGCCAAUGUCCCGGGUCUUCUGGCCGGUGCGGUAGCUGGGAACAGACUUGGUGCGAUUCGAGACACACAAGGAAAGAGUGUGUACGCCGUUUUCCAGGAGCUUCCACAAGGUGAUAGAGCAAGACUGCUCAGUCAACUAGCUGCUAGGGUUUUCAGCCAUGCUGUUGGAGUCUGA